AUGCUAUUCUCACGCGCACUUCUCCUAGCUGCAUCCUUCGUAGCUGCCAUGCCUCACAAGCAGUCCACGGAACAAAAUGGCGAUGUGGUCUACAAUGUUUAUCACCACGCAGCCAUACGAUCCAAGCUUUCAUUCGUCAAAAACUCUGGGAUCUGCGAAACAACACCCGGAGUCAAUCAGUACUCUGGCUACCUAUCCGUCGGCGAAGACGCAAAUAUGUUCUUCUGGUUCUUCGAGUCCCGAAACAACCCAAAGACGGCACCUCUUGUGAGUUGGUUCGGUGGAGGACCCGGCUCUUCGUCGCAGUUCGGCAUGUUCACACAACACGGGCCGUGCGAGAUUAUGGAAAACAGCACCGAGCCAACGUUGAGAGAGCAUAGCUUGAACAAUUUUGCCAAUGUGCUUUACAUCGAUCAGCCAAUUGGCACAGGCUUCUCAUAUGGCGAUGGAGGAGCGGUCAAUUCUACUAAGGCUUGCUCGCCAUAUGUCUGGAACUUUGUACAGCUGUGGUUCGAGGCUUUUCCAGAGUAUGAGAACCGACAGCUUUCGGUAUUCUCUGGGUCAUACGGAGGACACACGGGUACAGAUAUCGUCAACUAUAUCCUCGACAAGAACCAAGAGAUCAAGACAGGGGAAACCAGCGGAGAUGUGAUUGAAGUUGUUGCUUUGGGUGUCAUUAACGGCUGGUUCGACGCAAAAAUACAGGAAAAGGCCAAUAUCGAUUAUGCCUUCGAAAACCCGUACAGACCUCUUAUUGACCAGUUGCUCUAUGAAAAGCUCAUGGCGGAGUACAACACAUAUAUAGCCCCCGGUAUAGACACAUGCGAGAAGACUGGAACAACUGAAGACUGCUAUGCAGCUUAUAGGGCUUAUCAGAUCAACAUCGAGCAACCCAUACAGGCAUCGUCACUCAGGGCGUACGAUGAUUUUUUCAUGGCUGAUAUCCAAGCUGGUGGUGCUCGUCCUCCCACUGGCCAUGUUAAAUACUUGCAGAGGGCCGAUGUUCAGAAUGCAAUUGGAGCAAUGGCUAACUACGCAGACACUGGAAAUCCAAUGGCUAUACUUGGGUCAGGUGAUGAUGCAAAGUCAUUCCUGCCAGAACUCUCGCGUAUUGUCCAAGACGGCGUUCAGGUUCUCAUCGUGGCUGGUGACUCUGAUUAUGUGUGUAAUUGGGUCGGAAAUGAAAGGGUCGCCAAUGCAGUCGAGUGGUCUCAACAGAAGACCUUUUCUAACCAGAAGCUUCAGCCUUACACUGUGGAUGGCAAAGAAAAGGGAAGCUACAAGUCUGUGGACAACUUGCACUUUGUUCGAGUCUUUGACGCUGGACACAAUGUGUGGUGGUAUCAACCGGAGACUUCACUACGAAUCACUGCACAGCUUCUGUCGAAUGAUGGUAUUUUCUCUACAUGA